CGCUCGGGCCGGGGCGCGCUCCGUGCCACCCCGCGGGUGCGCCCCAGGGGCGCGUGACUCCGCCCCGUCCCGCCCCCGCUCGCUCGAUCGCUCGGCGCCGCCACCGACGCUCGGGCCGGCGAGUCCUUGGCGGGCACCGGGGCGGCGAGAUGCCCGCGGAGGACGGCGGGGCCGAGGCGCUGCAGCGCGAGCUGGAGGCGCGGGUGCGCGCCGUGGUGGGCGCCAGCUCGUGGUGGGAGCGCCACGGCGUGGACUGCGCCAUCCUCGCCCUCAGCCUGCUCGUCCUGCCGGCCGGCUUCCUGUGCCUGCGCUCCCACAACGUGCUGGUGUUCGCGCUGGGCAUCGCCAUCCUGGGGGUGUCCCACUCCACGCUGACCGUCAAGGGCAGCCACCUGGCCACCCACGGCGCCCUCACCGAGUCCAAGCGCUGGAGCAAGAUCUGGGCGCUGUUCUUCGUGGAGGUGUGCACCGCCUUCACCGCGGAGUAUGCCAGGUACGGGCACGUGAAGAUGCAUCAUGGCUACACCAACGUGCUGGGCCUGGGGGACUCGAGCACGUGGCGGCUGCCGCUCCUCAACCGCUACGUGUACAUGUUCCUCGCGCCGCUCCUCAUCCCCGUCAUCACCCCGCUCGUGGCCUUUGAGCGGCUGCGGACCAUGCCCCCCCGCGGGGCGCUGCGCUCGCUGGCGCUCAUGGGCCUGGGGCUGUACUCGCACUACUGGCUGCUGCGCCGCGUGUCGGCCUUCCGGAGCGCGGGCUCCGCCCUGCUCUGCAUGUUCGCCACGCGCGCCCUGCUCGCGCACCCCUACCUGCACGUCAACAUCUUCCAGCACAUCGGGCUGCCCAUGUUCUCGCUGGACACCAAGCCCCGGAGGAUCCACAUGAUGAGCCUGGGGGUGCUCAACCUGCCGCGGCUGCCCCUGCUGGACUGGGCGUUCGGCCACUCCAUCAUCAGCUGCCACGUGGAGCACCACCUCUUCCCCUCCCUCUCCGACAACAUGUGCCUGAAGGUGCAGCCCGUGGUGUCCCAGUUCCUGCGGGAGAAGCAGCUGCCGUACAACCAGGACUCGUACCUCGCCCGCUUCCGGCUCUUCCUCAGCCGCUACGAGGAGCUCAUGGUGCAGGCGCCCCCCAUCACCGAGCUGGUGGGGCUGCAGUGAGGGGCCCCCGGCCCCGGGGCGCUCCUGCGGGGGCUCUGAGUUAGGGGCCCGCUGGCGGGAAGGACCCAUCGCUCUGGUCGGCCGGGCCUCGGCCGACUUCACCUCAGGACUGAUGCGCUGCGUCCCCCCCCCCGCCCGGCCGAGCUUGGGGGCAGCGGCUACUCUCGAGUGACCUUGCCAGGGCGCGUCAGAGGCCGGGAGCUUAUAAAUAGCUCUGAGCUGGGCCUUCCUGGCUCUAGAAACA